UGUGUUGUUUGUACAGAGAUGGUAGAAUCAGUGGUCACAAUGGAGGCCCCUCAUGCUGAGUUCAUCACAAACCAGGGUCUAGAGGGGUACAAGAAUUUCACUUAUAAUGAGUUGUAUGUGGCAACAGAUGGCUUUAGAAUAGACCGCCUCCUGGGACAGGGUGGGUUCGGCCAAGUGUAUAAGGGCUUUCUUGGUAGCACCAAUCAGGAGGUGGCGAUAAAGAGGCUUGAUCUCCAGGGACAGCAAGGGGAUAGGGAAUUCGUCAAUGAAGUUGUGAUGUUGAGCCGCCUGCACCACCCAAAUCUUGUAAAGCUUGUUGGCUAUUGUGCUAACAAUGGUCAGAGGAUCUUAGUUUAUGAGUAUAUGCCUUUGGGUUCCCUGUAUAAUCAUAUCCACGAUCUUCCCCCUGGUCAGCAGCCUCUUGACUGGAGUACAAGAAUUAAUAUACUUCUUGGUGCUGCGAAAGGUCUUGAAUAUUUGCAUAGCAAGGCCCCUCCUGUCAUUAAUCGUGAUGUGAAAUGCGAAAACAAUUUGCUUGGAGAGGGGUAUCACCCAAAGCUGUCUGACUUUGGCUUAGCAAGGCUAGGUCCAACUGGUGAUAAUACCCAUGUUUCAACAAGAGUUAUGGAUACACAUGGAUAUUGUGCACCAGAGUAUCUGAUGACCGGUAAAUUGACAGUAAGCACAGAUAUUUAUAGCUUUGGUGUUGUUAUGUUGGAGGUUGUCACCGGAAGAAUUGCUAGAGAUGAAAGUCUCCCUGAACCUAAUCGAGACCUUGCUCUAUGGGCUGCCGAACAGGGAAUCGCCAAUCUGGUAGACCCGGCGCUGCAGGGUCAGUGCUCCCUGAAUCGUUUGUCCAUGACCUUUGCUGUUGCAAGAAGAUGUGUCCGUGAAUUACCCGAUGGGAGGCCAACCAUUGCAGAAGUUGUCACCGCUCUCACUAGGGCGGCGGUUUGA